AUGCCGAGCGUAAAUGCGCAGAAGCAGAUGAGCUGGCCAGGGCAGAAUGAAUAUGUUACACUCAAUACCACGAUCCCUGCUGCCACUCCUUCGGGCGACUACUUGCUCCGUGUUGAGCACAUCGCACUGCAUAUGGCUAUGCAAGCGAACAAAGCGCAGUUCUACCUGGCUUGCUCGCAGGUCAAGAUAACAGGGGGAGGAACCGGGCUGCCGAGCCCGCUCGUUGCGUUCCCGGGUGCUUACAAGUAA